AACUAACCCUAAAAGUGUAAGCUCGGACUUGGCUUUCCUCUUGGCUCAUUGGCGCUAUAAAAAAUCAUCGCCCUGUCUUGGCGAUCUCUUCUUCAUUAUCGAUUUUGUAGUUGAAACGCAAAAUGAGCAGAAAAUUCUUCGUCGGCGGCAACUGGAAAUGCAAUGGAACAACUGAGGAGGUGAAGAAGAUUGUUACCACUUUAAAUGAAGCUGAAGUCCCUUCAGAAGAUGAUGUGGAGGUUGUUGUAAGCCCUCCAUUUGUGUUUCUUCCUGUGGUAAAAAAUUUAUUGCGCUCUGAUUUCCAAAUUGCUGCACAAAACUGUUGGGUUCGGAAAGGAGGUGCUUUUACCGGUGAGGUUAGUGCUGAGAUGCUUGUCAAUUUGGGCAUUCCUUGGGUCAUUCUUGGUCAUUCUGAGAGAAGACUUCUAUUAAAUGAAUCCAGUGAGUUCAUUGGAGAUAAAGUUGCAUAUGCUCUUUCAAUGGGCUUGAAGGUGAUUGCCUGCGUUGGGGAGACCCUUGAGCAGCGAGAAUCAGGAUCUACAAUGGCUGUAGUUGCCGCACAAACGAACGCAAUUGCUGAACGAAUAUCACACUGGUCGAAUGUUGUUAUAGCUUAUGAACCAGUUUGGGCCAUUGGAACGGGAAAGGUUGCGACCCCUGCUCAGGCUCAGGAAGUCCAUUUUGAAUUGAGGAAAUGGCUUCAGGAUAAUUCUGGUGCUGAAGUUGCGGCGUCAACCCAAAUUAUCUAUGGAGGUUCUGUGAAUGGAGCAAACUGCAAAGAAUUGGCAGCACAGCCAGAUGUGGAUGGAUUUUUGGUUGGAGGAGCUUCCCUAAAGCCUGAAUUCAUUGACAUCAUCAAGUCGGCCACCGUGAAGAAGAAUUAAAGAAGUUCGAAACCAGGUAAUGGUGCAAUCAUACCUUGUAGCUCCUUCCUAGAAUGUCUUUUAAGCUACUUUGUGUAAUAAUUUUGCGGUUAUCCUUGGACUAAACAUAUAACCAUUGUGGUUGUGUGUGAAAUAUAUUAGAGACCUUUUCUAUGCAUACUUGCUUCAUGUAUUUAAAUGUGACCAUCUUUUUAUUUUUAUUUUCUUUCGUUGGACAUGAUGAUUUUAUAUGCAUCAUUCAUCAAUGGAGCUGUUUGCUUACUGGUUUAAAUUCUAUUUUCGGACCAGGGUUGGAAGUGGCAA